UUGGUCGGUUUCACAUGUCUACUGAUGUGCCGGUUUACGGACUUUUUCUAUCCCGCAAUUCACCAUUAGUGUGGUAAUACUGACGUUUAAGUCAUCUCGCCUCUACGGUGUCAAUAGCAGCUUUAUUUGAGCAGAACUAACCUCAUUCGAACGGGGUGCAAACUGACUUUAGACGUAACGUUUGCUAGCUAGCGUUACACGCACACCCGGAACUCAGAAGCUAACGUUAGCUUUGUCGGUUAAAAGUGACAUAAGGGUUAUUUACACUAUUUAGAAUGGGUGAGGAAAUUAGUGAAGACCCCACUCACACGGGUAGUGGAUCCGCUAAUAACACCAAUACAGAGGAAAACGGCGAAACAGAAGGUGGUGUAAAAUAUUACACGUUAGAAGAAAUAAGACUGCAUAGCAUGAGCAGUGACUCUUGGCUCAUCGUACACGACAAAGUCUAUGACAUCACAAGUUUCCUCGAAGAGCAUCCGGGAGGCGAGGAGGUUUUGCUAGAGCAGGCGGGUGCUGACGCCACAGAGAGCUUUGAGGACGUGGGACAUUCCACAGAUGCCAGGGAGCUGCUCCUGCAGUACUAUCUUGGGGAGCUCCACAUGGAUGACAGAAAAAAGGAAAAUGCGACGGAUGAAAAUAUCUCGAACUCAGGAGAGUCCAGCAGCUCCUGGACGACAUGGUUGAUACUUGCUAUUGCAGCAACUGUCGUUGGUAUCUUGUAUCGCUACUACCUGUCUGAACACAAGUCUUCCUGAGCUGGCAUGCUGUUUUCAUCUCACUCUUUUCAUCUGAAGGCCUUGAAAUGUUUGACCAAAAACCUCCUCACACUGACGCGCACAAUUAGGAGUGUCUGCAUCCUCUGCAACAGGAACAGAAGGUGAGCAAUUUGAUAAAGUGCUUUUGUCCUUGUCCAUCUUCAUAGAGUGCACCAGACAGACAAGGUUGGGCAAGAACUUUAUUAAAUUGUCUGCCUUCAGUUUCUUUGCAUUUCUUUGUUACUGCCUGUUGUCAUUAAUGCCGUUCUUAACUUAAAGUUGCAUAUGCAUUUGACCCAAUUGUCAAUACUUUGAUUACCCAUUUGCCUGCUCAGAAAAACGGUUAUUUUACCUGCCUGUAUACAUGCACCAUCAUUUCACUGAUUCAUUUAAUGUUGACGUUAGUAUGCAGAAUGGUGAUAGUUGACCGGUACCAUUCUACUUUUUACACUGUAUAAUAAUUCCCAAUGCAUUAUUUUUGUUGUAAUAAAGUGAAAAAUGUUACUGCUACCUUACAAUAUGAAUCAGGAGUUAGUCCAGUCACUCUUUACAGCAGUUUUCUGGUUUAAAAUUGCUUGAUUGCAUUUAUUACUUGGUUAUUAAUGCAUUAUGUAAUUGCAGUGUCAUAUUCUUUUUCUUUUAAGUUAGUUAUAUGGUGUCAGUGUUUAAGUUAGAAUCUGUUCUGAUUUGUCACAUUUUUCUACAGUUCUGUCAUCGAGAAUUUGUGUAAAAGUUCAAACUGCCUGAACCAUAUCAAUAUAAAUCAAUGUAUGUAAUACAGUAAUAUUGUAUUACCUACAUAGAAUAGCUGACAAUGAAUGAUGAGUGAAUACCCUUGAAAGAAGAACCAUUUAUUUGUUUUUAACUGGUGCUUUUUCAUAACCAUGUUUCAUUUGAAUGCGUCUUAAUUGUAUGUUUUGGGUGAGAGGUACUGCAGCUGUCAGAGGGUUUGAAUUGUAUUCAGUGAAGUCUGGUGUGUGUGUUUCAGGCCACAGAGCAUAUCUAUUUAAUCUACUUUAGUUACUCAACAUCUUUAAUUCUCGAGGUUGCUGUUGGUAAUGUUAAAUAUGCAAUGAUAAAUAAAUCUUUGCAAAGCAUUUCUAAAAUCACUCCUUUGAUUUUAUUUCCCAUGACUAUUGAAACAAGCAUUUUCAAACUACAAAGACAUAACAAUUGUAAGUCCACUUACCACCGACCUAUUAACAUUCAACACUGAAUAUAACUUGCUAUUUUUACAUGUCACUACAAAAUAACUUGCAGAUUUCAAUUUUGUUGGUUGGCUUUAAUAGAUAUUUGCCAUCUCUUUGCAUUUCAAUUGUCAUUUCCUGUCAUUCAAAGUCUCUUUGAAUAAAAUGAAUCUUUCAAAAGAUG